AUGUCUGGUGGCAAGCGCGCCAUGGUCGUGUCGCCCCUGGAGUUGAGUCAAGCCGGGCGAAUGAAUGCGACGAGUCGCCUGUUGGGACGAGUCGUCGGGAUUGAGGUCACUGAUCUGCUGUUUUCCUGUUACAUUCUGUGUGGUCCGACGCGUAAGCACUUGGUUCAGGUUGAAGCUUGGCGGGAGUUGCUGGUUCCGGCAACAAAACUCUUCGAAGAAGGUAAGCUGGUGUCGAUCACGAAGGCUACGCUCGCAGUCCGCCGCAGCGACAAGAAUAAAUUCACCUUGUCUGGGUGCCGCUGGAUGAUUCGGUUCGACAAACUUAUGGAAGUGCAAUCUGCAGAUUGCGACAAGGCGGAACCAGUGCCGGAUUGGCCAGGCAAAACGGCGACGGACAUCCCACACCGGCCUCCAAGCUCGACCUUGGAAAUGACCGCUUGUCUGCCAGAGUGCGCAGUGACAGUCGUGGCACGCGUGGUAGAGAUCCGUCAGAAGGAAAAUAAAGAGCAACCCGACAAGAGCUUCGUGAAAGCCGUUCUACAGGACUGCAACGAGAAUGGUGAGGUGUAUCAGGCGGACUUAAUGGCUUGGCAACCUGAGUUUCGGGAAACCAUGCGGAUCGCUCUACAGCCGGAUGGCGUAUACGAAAUCUCGCCGGUACUUGUCUCGUCGGAGCAACAAAGCUUUUCUUUAAAAUGGAUUAAAAAAACGACGGCCAGAAGCUUGCACGGCACUGCUGAAGCACGAAUGCUGGAAAAUCAAAAGAGUACUGCAGCUCGUGCCAUACAAAACUUGUCGGAACAGAAAAAAACGGGCGUGGGCCGCCCCGACCCUAGUACGCGGUCGGCAAAACUGGUGGCCGCCAGCACUCUGGCAGAGUUCAUCCCAGAAAAAGGCCUCCUGAAGACGACUCCAGACGACGUGUGGGAAUUACCGUGCUCGAUGAUCCUAGACAUUACCGCUUCUGGGGGGGAUCUCUGGACGUAUGUGGGCUGCUCUGUUUGUCACAAGCGAGAUGCUGCCUGCAGCCAUGGAGGGGCAACCCGCCCUUGCUACAGUGGACUUUUGCACGUCAGUGAUCACACAGCUACGGUGGAAGUCAAGUUCUGGACGGACCAAAUAGAUCAACUUAUGCAAGCCUCUGGAUGGCAAGAACCGAUCACGGACAUGGACGCGGCUGACCGCUUCGUGGCUGUGCUGCGAACAAAGUAUUGGAUGACCAGAUGCACCAUUGUUGAAAAACCUGCAUUUCAGAGUCGAGCAGCGAGAAAUCGAUUGCAACUGGUUCAUGUCGAAGAAAGAAAGUCUGAUUUUGUGGGCACAAGUAAACCUUUGUUUUCCUUACGGAGUCCAAACAGUCGACCGGGCGUGCCUGCCAUUCUUUUCCGAGAGGUGCAAGUCGACGCGGCCGGACAAGUCCUCGGGCAAGACGGUCGGGAACUGCAUUUCGCUGAAUUUCUGGUGCAGCUCCGCGGCGAGCCCAUGCAGGACGGUAAAGAUACCGACAAAGGUGUUCGCAUUUCCUUCCACUGUGAAGACAUCGGCGACUUGCAAAGCACGCACUCGGAACUUUUUUGGGUGCUGAGCAUGCAAGACAUGCUCAAGGUAGCUCGUUUGCAGAGCGAUUCACUACUACGGGUCGUUGCUCAACCACAGACGCAAGGCAGACAAGUCGCUCGUUGGCAAGUUUUCCUUUUCGCAGCCAUCUCGAAACAUGAUAUCGAUGCAUGGCGACAACGGAAAGCAUGGCAAAGAAACAGCCCAGGGGACGAAAAGAAGAAGCGGGCAGCCGAGCAGAUAGCGCUUGCGACGCCCAAUAGCAAAUUGACAAAGGUGGGAAAGGAACUCACAUCCCCUGGGUAUGAUGUGUCGCCUAUUCGUGGCCGCAAGUGA